UCAUAUGGUUUUAAGAUUUUUGCCAUGAUUAUCCAUGUAUUGGUUUCGAGGUCCCUGGAAAUGUCUCUCCAGCUCUUAUAAUGCACCAGCGGUUUCGAGGUCGAGCCCAUGACGACCAACGCUUGAUCGGAAAGCAUGUGGGCGGCAACGCAGACGAUUUCACCGCGGACCCACGACUAAAAUUCAGGCCACACAUCAUUCGCCAUGUAUUCCCCUCGUAAGCCAACAAAUCUCUGUCGCGAAGGCAAUGCAACAACUCCAAAUGCCUCUGCCCGUGUUUAUCAAAAUCUGUCUGAAGAAAUUGACUCUCUAGAGAAGGAAUGUCUCCCUGACAAAACUCCAAAAUUCGUUGCAGGUUCUCCUAGGUUCGUCUGGGACAAACCUACGGGACAAAUCCGGAACCCUGGCUGCAUCCCCGCCCACACCGGACCAGUAUCCGCACCUGAUACGGAUCGACUUGAACCGGCAAGAUUACAGGGACGAACUGUUAACAUGGGUAGAGUUCCUAAUGAAGAAUGAGCAGGGAAAGGUGAAGAGAAUAUUGAAGAUCAAUACAUAGAAUGGCCAUUGUUAGGAGUCAAGCCUGUCUGAUGGAAUCAGAUCCCUGAACUAAUCCGAGGAUAUUGAAGAAAAUGGAAAUGGAAAUCAGCUAUCAACUGCUCACAGAGCAUGGAUAUAAAUUGAUUGUGGUUGCAGGAAAAACUAACACCCUCGGAAGGGAGGGAGAGUAUCAUCAAGAAGAGGGAUGUAGACCUUGGAAGAGGACGAAAUUGCCAUUGAGUCUUGUACCUAGAGAUAAGUUAAUGUCAAAAUAUUUAUAUAAGGAAUGAGCUAAAUUCAAUUGAUUCUCUCUGGUUAUGGGGAGAAAUAGGUACCACAGCUCAAAUAUAUAUAUCAAAUCAAGAAUUAAAUGUCGGAAGAAAGUUUAUUCUCGACUGUCCUAGCUGUGCUUGUUAUUCAUGUUGUAGUUGGCGGAGUUGGGCCUUACUUCCACCUUUCGUAGUACUGCUUCCAAGAUUGUAAGUUACUUAUGAUAUCGUCAGUUAUCGAUAUGGAAUCGUGCUUAAGGAGACAGCCUCAUGAUUUUUCCUCAAAAGAACUCAUUUUUACUGUUUUAUUCACUGUGCAGUUACCAUAAGCUAUCAUCAUUCAUUAUCUCUUAUUUAGAGCGGUUGAAUCAGACAUUUGCUCCCAGAUGAGCCAGAUUAAUCUUCUGGUAAUCUUCUUGAGUCAAUCUCUAAGAUGGAGUGUGUUUGAGAUUAUCUAAAAGCUAACAACAAAAUGUGCAUCAAGGACACAUAUUCUAUAGGAUUAUUUCACUCAUAAGAAUUGUAGGCUAGCAAAAGCAUGGGCUUGAAAGUUUUUUAAAUGGCCUCAUUGCUCAUCCUAUACAAUAUAGUCUAGGAACACACUAAAAUCAAACACAUGCAGUUGGGAGACUCUAAACAACUCAAGAAUCAAUUGAGUUUAGCUCAUUCCUGUGGUACCUAGUUCCCCAUAACCAGCAGGGGGAAUUUAGUAUCAACCAUAGCUAAAACUUAUACAGAUAUCGGAUCCCCAUGGGCAUGAGGAAUUAUUAAGCAUAAGCUAGUAUGUUGGUUGGAACAUCAGCAAAAGUCUCACGUGUGAUGUACUUAAUUUGAAAUGACUUGCUGCUGAUUACCAAACAACCGUAUGCUGCAUUGCUGAACUGUCAAGGGAGAAAUAUAAUAGCAGUUCUUGAAAUGGGUUUGAUUAAAAACAAUGUAUGAUUUUAAAAUAAAGGAGAAUAAAACAGUUACAGCAUGCUGUUAUGCUAAACUAUCAUAGCUGUUCUUGAUACGGGUAUCAUUGAAAAUACUGAAUUGAUUAUAUCAAAAGCUAAAUCGUCAAACUACAACUGGCUGUUAUGCUAAAAUGUCUUAGGCACAAAUCUAAUGGUAGUUAUAAAUGUUGGCACCAUUGAAAUUACUGAAUUAUUUUAAAAAACAACAGCAUGGUUUAUGCUUCACCGCCAGAGGGGCAAACAUAAUGGCUGGUCUUUGUGCGGGUGAGAUCAAAUGACGAAUUCUUCCAAAUAAAAAUGAAUUGAUUCAUCUAAGUACAUCAGACUAUCAUGCAAAACUGUAAGGGAAUUUAAAGUGAACUGUACCUUGCAGGAAAUUUCAAGUCAAUAAAAACCUGAAUCAUUAAAAUAUAGAACAUUGUAAUAAUUAACUGCUGGGACAAGUAUAAUGGCAGUUCUCGAAGUGGAUGUGAUCAAAACCCUGAAAAAUCGAUUAAUCUACCUGUUGAUCAAUCUAAGAAGAAAAAGUGCCAAUAGUGGCUGUUGGUUGUAAUUAGGGCUGGCGGAUUCCAAUUGCCUUGGGCAACAUUGGAAUCCGCCUCCUUCAUAUAGGGCCUGGCCCAAUACCUUUCGGCUCACCUAAAAGGCUUCCACGCUUCACCCAAACCCACUCGCCUCCUUGAUAGGGCCAACCCUAUCUCACUUCACCUAAAAGGAAUUAAAAUAAAUAAAUAUCUAAAUGCAAAGAAGGCCGACAUAAUUAAGAAGCAAUAUGACUCCUAUAAAUGUGGCAUAUACUUCUCAAUAUCUUUAUUCAGUUUUAAUGCACAUGCAAAAUAUAUUCGGUGAAGGCGAAAUUCAUAGAAGGGCAGUUGGCAACAGCGAACUCCACUAGAAGGUAGCAGAUCUCGAAAUAGGAGGCAGCGAACUUCACCAGAUGGCAGCAGAUCUCUAAUAGGAGACAACGAACCUAUUUAGCAGCAGAUUUCAAAUUGAAGUCAGCGAACCCUUGAAGGACUCCAUUGAAGGACUGUAAUCUACUUGGAAAGGUGCUGCUACCCUUGCUACACUCAGAAAAUUCCGAUGAGGAGGACUGCAAAUCAUAACCUUCAUUAGCAAACUAAUUGUGAAGACUUCUAUCUCUUCUUCCUUGUGGCUGCAACCUCUAUGCUCCAGAUAAGUGUGUAAUGUUCAGUUCAUAAUCAUAAUCAGAUCUGAGGAUCCUUUGGCUGGGUUUUUCCUCCUAGGAUGUUUUCCCAGGGUAACUGUGUUUUGUCCUUGUGCAUUUCAUUUUCUUAUUAUGCUUAAGUCUGGAAAACUAUAAAUUAAUUAAUCUAGUUUAAACUAAUUCUGAUUUUUCUGAGUUAUAUUCAAUCUGAAAGUACUAAAAUUAACAUGGUAUCAGAGCUAAUUGGUUAGAUCAAUUUUCAGAUUUAAAAUUCAGUACACUUUUAUUUUCAGAUUGCUGUAGCUUUUGCAGAUCAGGUCAAUGGGGCUGAAAGUUGAAGAUAGGCUUGAUGGGAAUCUAAAUUUUACUGUAUGGAAAGUUCGAAUCAAGUUGGCUCUUGAGGAAGAAGAUCUUCUCCAAUUCAUAGAAGCGAAAGAGCUAAUUGAGCCUUCGGAUGCAGCUGAGUUGAAACAAUUCAAAAGGGAUGCUAUCAAGGCUAGGAAGAUUCUCAUUGAUUCAGUCAAAGACCACCUCGUCACCUCUAUUGCAUCAUUCACCACUGCAAGGGAAAUGUUCAGCCAUCUACAAGGUACAUAUGAAGUUAACAAUCUUAGUAGGGCAAUUACAUUAAGACAACAACUACUUAAUAUCAAAAUGGCUAAAGAAGAUUCUGUUAUUUCCUACUUCAUGAAAAUUUCAGAACUAAAGAAUCAGCUAGGUUUAAUUGGCCAUAACAUGGAAGACAAAGACCUUGUCAUGAUUGCCCUUAAUGGUCUACCUCACUCAUGGGAGUCAUUUAUCCAAACCAUAAGUGGUCGGUCUGAGUUACCUACACUUGAUCGCCUUAAGAAUGAUUGCAUCCAAGAAGAGUCUCGCCUCAUCACAAGGAGUCAAUCCAAGAGCCCCCAUGUAGAUGAUCAUCACAUGCUUGCAGCUCAAUGCAAGAAAAGGGGAAAUUGGAAGCAACCUUAUCCUAAAAGAAAUAGGGAAUCCAGAUCUUUUAGUUCCCAACACCCUUGGAAGAAAUCAAGAGAUACUUCGCGUGUGCGAUGUUUUAGAUGUGACAAAUUCGGUCACUAUGCUAAGGAAUGUCAGUUUAACCUUAACCAAAGUGAAACAAACCUAAAUGAAGUCUCAGAACAAAAUGAUGACUUCUUAUUCAUCUCCGCUCUAUCUAGCAGUGUUCCCUCAGAUAGCAAUACAUGGUUGAUUGACAGUGGUGCCUCCAGACACAUCACAGGUUACUGUGAUCAUCUUUCAGGCCUAGUAGAAAAAGGUACCAGCCUUCACGUGGUAAUUGGUGAUGACGCUCGUUAUUCGGUAAGAGGUUCUGGCUCUACUUCUCUAAAAUUAGAUUCUGGUAUUUCCUUGCAUCUCAGUGAUACAUUGUUUGUUCCUGGAAUUAAAAGAAACCUAAUUUCCAUUUCUGCUCUAGACGAUAAAGGUUAUCAAAUUGCAUUUUCUGAAGGAAAAGUUCUUGCUUGGUCUAAGAAAGAUAGUUUUAAAUCUGCUCGUAUAAUUGGCCAUAGAUAUGAUAGUCUUUAUAAGCUCUCUACUAACCCUAUUCAAGCCCUCAUUAAUGAGGCUCCGGAAUCCUGUGAGUUAUGGCAUAGAAGACUUGGACAUCUACAUUAUCAAGCCCUUCCAUCCCUUGAAAGGUUAGUUAAAAGGUAUGCCUAAACUCAGUCAAAUUCAUGAUAACACUUGUAAAGGUUGUGCUAUUGGUAAGAAUGUUAAAAGUCCAUUUCAUAAAAGUGAAAAUAGAGCUAAAGACAAACUAGAACUUGUUCACUCUGAUUUAUGUGGUCCUAUGUCUAUAGCAUCUCCUAGUGGAUUCUUUUAUUAUGUAAUCUUCAUAGAUAAUUUCUCUAGGAAAACUUGGAUCUACUUCUUGAAAUAUAAAGAAUCUGAUAAAGUCUUAAGUAAAUUUAAGGAGUUUAAAGCAUUAACUGAAAACUUCUCUAGUAAAAGAAUCAAAUGUUUAAGAUCUGACAAUGGAGGUGAGUACACCUCCAGUAGCUUUCAUGAUUUUUGUGUUGAGUCAGAAAUUAAGAGGGAGUUUUGUGUUCCAUACAAUCCUCAACAAAAUGGUGUUGCUGAAAGAAAGAAUAGGACCAUUGUAGAGGUUGCAAAAGCUAUGAUCCACGAUCAAGACUUGCAGACCCUUCUAUGGGCUGAGGCUUCUAGAACAACAGUAUAUAUCCAGAACAGAUGUUCUUACCGUGCUCUAAAGAACAUGACCCUGGAAGAAGCCUUCACAGGAUCCAAAUCAGACAUUAGUCACCUCAGAAUCUUUGGAAGUCCCGUCUAUGUUCAUGUGCCCAAGGAAAAGCGAUCAAAGUUGGAACCCUCCGGAAAGAAAGGCAUGCUAGUCGGAUAUAGUGAAUCCUCCAAGGCAUUCAGGAUUUACAUCCCAGGUCAAAGGUACGUUGAGGUAAGUAGGGAUGUUAAAUUUGAAGAAGACAUUGCUUUUAAGAAAUCGAAAGGUUCUUGUGUUAUUGAUGAAUCUAAUGAUAAUCAAAAUAUAAACGUUGAUACUAACCCUGAGAUUCAGAGGGAGCAAGUUGAACCUCCACCUCAAGAUGAUCAUGAUGAUCCUCCAGAACCCAUGAAUCCCACUGAUAUUUCUAGUGACAUUGUCGUUACCAAAAAGAGGUCACUUUGGGUAAGAAACACCAUUCAAGAAGCUGAAAGAUUUGCUGCUCCAAGUGGCACCUUCCGUGAAACUAAGAGACCUCAGGUAUUUUCCAACUACGUUUCUUUAAUGUGUAAUCUCAUUGAAACUGAACCUUGCAAUGUUGAAGAAGCCUUAAGUCAUCAUGCCUGGAAGCUUGCUAUGGAUGAAGAAUAUCAGUCAAUCAUCAAGAAUGAUGUGUGGGACCUUGUGCCCAGACCCAAAGGUAAAUCUAUUGUUUCCUCUAAAUGGUUAUUUAAAAUUAAACAUAAUGCUGAUGGCAAUAUUGAAAAAUAUAAGGCUAGAUUUGUAGCGCGUGGUUUUUCCCAAAAGGAAGGCAUAGACUAUGAAGAGACUUUUGCUCCUGUUGCUAGAUAUACUUCCAUUAGAACAAUAAUUGCUAUUGCUGCUUCUAAGGGUUGGAAACUACAUCAGAUGGAUGUUAAGACUGCCUUUCUCAAUGGUGUCAUUGAGGAAGAAGUCUAUAUUGAGCAACCUGAGGGAUAUGAGAUUCGGGAUAGAUUAACCCAUGUGUGCAGGUUAAAGAAAGCUCUGUAUGGUCUUAAACAAGCUCCUCGUGCUUGGUAUGAAAAGAAUUGAUAAAUAUUUGCUAAGUCUAGGCUUUUGUAAAAAUGAUGCUGACCCUAACAUUUACUUUAAAGUAGCCAAUGAUGAAAUGCUAAUUCUAGUUCUUUAUGUGGAUGACUUAUUUUUUACUGGUAAAGAUGAACUUAUUAUUAGAUGCAAGAAAGAACUAGCUUCAGAAUUUGAAAUGAAAGAUUUAGGUCUAAUGCAUUAUUUCUUAGGUCUAGAAGUAUGGCAAAGAUGUAACGAAAUCUUUCUAAGUCAAGGGAAGUAUACUAUUGACAUUUUGAAAAGAUUUAGAAUGAUGGAUUGUAAACCAAUGUCUACUCCUAUGGAAUCUAACUUAAAGAAGUUAAGUGUUUCUGCAGCUAACUCUGAAUUUGCAGAUCCAUCCGAGUACCGACAGUUGAUUGGAUCACUGAUGUAUCUAGUUAACACUAGACCAGACAUAUGUUUUGCUGUAAAUGCUCUCAGCCAGUUCAUGAGCUUGCCCAAGCAUGUUCACCUUGUUGCAGCCAAGCAUAUCCUAAGAUACUUGUGGGGCACAGUUGGUUUUGGGCUGAAGUAUCCACUUAACACUCCAAUAACCUUGGAAGGUUAUUCUGAUGCAGACUAGGCUGGAAGCAUCAAAGACAGGAAAAGCACCUCUGGUAUUUGUUUUAGCUUGGGUUCUGUAGUGAUCUCUUGGGCUUGCAGAAAACAAUCCUUAGUGGCAUUGAGUACUGCUGAAGCUGAGUAUAUUGCAGCAAGUGUAGCAUCCAGAGAAGCAGUGUGGCUUCGUAAGCUUCUUGUUGGGCUGUUUGGUCAACCAUGGGAUCCUACAGUUAUUCACUGUGAUAAUCAGAGUUGUAUUAAAAUGUCUAUCAAUCCAGUGUUUCAUGACAGGUCAAAACAUGUGGAAACCCAUUAUCAUUUUAUUCGGGACAUGGUGCAAAGAGGUGCUAUUCAGCUGAAGUAUGUCAGCGCUGAUGAGCAAGUUGCAAAUAUUCUUACCAAGCCUCUAUCCAAAGUGAAGUUUGUGUACUUCAGGGAUAGACUUGGUAUUGUGGAAAAUGAAACUCCGAUUGAGAGGGAGUCUCAAUUUCAAUGAUACUUUGUAUUGUAUAAAACCACCCUCUGCGGGCAAUGUAAGGUGGUAUUGUAAACUUCUCAGGGAGAAGUAUAAUUCUUAACCAUCCUCU